AUGUCCUCCUCCUCGUCUAAUUUCGCCUACGUCCCUCUUACGCUCUUCGACAAUGUUACCCAGCUCGGCAGCAUCGCGAACACUUGGAUAGUUGAAGGUCUCGUUGACGUCGAAAAGAUUCGACAAACCUUGGACAGGUUAAUCUCGAAAUGGCCGUUGCUGGCUGGUCGAGUCGAGUCAGCUGGAACAAAUAGAUGGCAAGUACGCGUUCCUCUGGGAGACCUACCCCAGGGAUACGAAGCCUACGGCCUCACCUCCACAAAGUCCACACUGCCGCUCUCCCACUAUACCAAGAUCCCUAUCCCACCUAUCACCGAAUACCUCCCCGAGCAUCUGUGGUUUCCCCCAGAACGGAAGAAGGCAACCGGCAUGGGUCUCAGAGAUUACGCCAGUAAAGAUAUCACACUGACGCACUGGCACGUAACCCAUUUCGCUGGACUCGACGAGGGCAAGGACUAUUCUUGCAUCGGCGUCCAUUGGACCCAUGGUGUCUUUGAUGGUAUCGGGUUUUCAUUGGUUCUGCGCGCCUUCGAAGCAGAAUUGGCGGGAAAACCGUGGGAUGUACCGCCACUUCCUACCCCAGGUCCCAACAAGAAUCUCCUCCAGACAUUAAUUGACCGGGAGAUCGAGAGAGCCAACGCUGCUGGUAGAAAGAUCGAAGAAGAACGACCUCUCAGCUACAGCUCUAUCGGUGUUGGUGGGCUUAUAUCCUACCUAGGGAGGCAGGCUGCGCAGAAGGUUUACCCUGGAGCAAACGAUUGGAACUUAAUUGUGCCUUUCACCGUCCACGACCAACUCACCGCCGACAUUCGAAGGGAAGUCGAAGCUGCAGGGUUGACUGAUGCUCGGCCAACAAGCGGGGACGUGAUAUUUGCUUGGCUACUCCAGUCUGUAUACAUCGAUGAGGGGAAUCCAACACAGACUGUUGGCCUCAACAACCUUGCUUCAUUCCGCGGAGAAUGGAACGGUGAACUCGCCCUUUACCCUCACAACGCCUAUGCCACCGUCUCCUACCCCAUCCUCACUGUGGGAGAGAUCUCAUCCCUCCCCCUCCACAAGCUCGCCUACAAACUCGCGCAGUCCCGCGUUCACGGGUCAAGAAAGGACGAAGCCGUCGUCUUCUACAAGAUCAGUGAAGACGCCGGUAAGAAGGCGAUCAUUGGCGCUGUCAAGCCUGAAGACGACAGGACGAAUGAAACGGCCACGAUGUCGAAUAUGUCGAUGGCCCGAAUUGCUUACCUCGACUGGUCCGCGGCGGGAGGUGGCAAGACGCUCACACACUACAAGAUCUUUGUUGAUGCCCUCCAUGUCCUUGAUGUCUACAACAACAAUGGGCGUCUUGAGAAUGGGGACCUCAUGCUGAGCUGCUUCGUCACCGCACCAAAGGGGAGGAAGGUGCAGGAGGGGUUUGCCAAGUUGCUCGAGAAGUAUAAGCGGUAA